AAAAAGCACGUCUGUACAGAGUGCGAUAAAGGCUUCAACAGCCCGAGCAGUCUCAGAACACACACUAACAUCCACACCGGUGCUAUACCUUUUACACGUCCAUUUCCCGGCUGCGGCAGGGGAUUUAACGUGAAAUCCAACAUGCGCCGCCAUUAUAGAAACCAU